AUGUAUAUCAAUGACCUAGUGUAUAAUAUUCUUUUUUUUAAUCUUAUUUAUUAUGUGGUUGAAGCUGCGGAUGUUAAGCCAAUAAGUGAUUCCUGCGUAAAUCGUGUCGCAGCUUGCGAAGCUACCAGUGGGACCCAUAGAGUUCUUUGCGGCACAGAUGGGCGUACUUACCCUUCCAAGUGCCAUCUUCUUAAAGCACAGUGUAAUGGUGAACCAGUCACUGUAGCUCACAAAGGGCCCUGCAGUGAUGGCCAGUCGUCUUGCCUAGCAGUUUUGCGGUAUGCAUUGAACGCACAAAGCGGCAGGAGGGCGGCGUUCGUACCCAAGUGUAGAACAGACGGCACAUAUGCAGCGGUUCAGUGCGCAGCUGCUGGCGCUGCGGCAGGGUGCUGGUGUGUCACACCAGACGGCAAACCCCUACCAGAUACAGCUGUUAGGAAUGGAAAGCCUGAUUGCACGAGACCUGGUAAAUCUCAAACGCGACGGCGUUCGUCGGUUCGAGGUCAACGUAAUAAAAGAAGUUGCACUCGGGCUGAUCGAGCUCAAUUUAAUGGGAAUCUCAUAAAGAUAUUUAGUGGGGAGUUCGGUCGCUCAGAGAGGGGUGGGGAGGGAUCGGACCCCCGUGAUGUUGCCGAUUGGAAAUUCAGGGAACUUGAUCGAGACAGAAGCGGCACUUUGCAGAAAUCAGAAUAUCGAGGCUUGAGGAGACUUAUCAAAAAGGUGGUGAAACCAAAGAGAUGUGCCCGUGCGUGGGCUCGUGGCUGUGACGGAGAUGGUGAUGGUGAGAUCGCGCGCGCGGAGUGGUCAGAUUGUCUUCUGGCCAUACCAGAACCACCCGCUCCGGACUUCUCUCUCCGUUUCUUCAUGUCGUUGAAUGCAGACGAUGACAGCGGGCCUGAAAAUGAGCCGGAUUAUGAGGAGGAACCACCACCCGAUACAAGUGCAGUGCUGCCAGGAAUAAUGCGAAAUUCAUUCGCACCAGAAGGUUCCGUGGCGAGGGAAGAUGAGGCGAACGACUGCUUAACUGACAGACAAGCUGUGCUAGACGAGCAGAAAGCGGGUAGUGCUGUACUGUACGUGCCCGAAUGCAUGGGCGACGGCAGAUACGCGAGGGCGCAGUGCUACCGUUCAACUGGCUACUGCUGGUGCGUGCAUCAAGACACAGGAAAGCCAAUACCAGGAUCAUCGGUCAAAGACAGUAAGCCCGAUUGCGAUUCUGCACCCCAACACGCCAGCCCAAUGAGAGGUUGUCCCGAACCAAUGAAGAGUAAUUUUUUGCGAGACCUAAUGAACUUUUUCAUUUCGAAAAUGACUACAUCUAUUAACGGAACUGGGCCCGGAGAAAUGGUGAAAUGGGGUGCAUCAAAAGAGGAGCAAGCAGCUACUUGGACAUAUGUUAUGUUAGAUAAGGACAAGAACAAAGCUCUCGAGAGAAGGGAAUGGAAGUCUUUCCAUCAGCUCAUUUCCUCAGUGGACCAGCUCAGAAGGUGCGGCCGAAAGCUGCCAAGAUAUUGUGAUGUGAACCACGAUGCCAAAAUCAGUAUUACAGAAUGGAUGGCCUGUUUAGAAGUCAUGCAGGCUUCGCAGGUGUCAACAACUGAAGUUCCAAAAGUACCAUCUAAUCCUCGAAGAAAAGGUCCAAACCCCUUGGAGUCAAUUUUAAAAGCAGACGACUGA